GUACCGGUACCCAGUACCUGUUGGAAACCAGAGAAUCUUGGAGGGUGGUCAUUUUUGAAUGAAAUUUCGGACCGUACAGUUUCUKAAGACCAGGAUUGGUUUUCCCCUGUGCCGCGCAUUAUCAAUUCUUGUCCCAGUACAAGGCAUUACUACUACUUGUUCCCCGGAGAUUGGUGCUAACGAGUGAAGCGAAGACAAUAACAAYAGAUAACCAUGGCGAAAAAACGUGCUGCUGGAUCCGAUCCUGAAGAGGAGGACGACGACCAAGUCAUGAAUGGUGACCACAACGACGAGGACGAAGGCGGCGAUGGAGGCAGUGGUAGCGACGACGAAGAGAUGCAGGAGGUAGAGGAAGAUGACGUGGAAGAAAUAUCGACCGCGUCUUCUCCUUCGCCUCAGAAACGAAAGGACAUGACUCUGCGAUCGGGAAGGAGGAAACGGCGCCGAUCCCUGCAGACGACUGGUUUGACGCCUCCUCCGGAGUCGCGCAAGAAAUCGAAACGAUCGAGAACGUCGGCGAAGACUAGUACAAUCAAAAAGCAGCAAACCGCGGCAUCCCUCACAAAGCCCACURCAUCGAAUGGAGACCAAAAGCAACCGGCUUUGUCUGAUCGUGCUAGCCCGGAAAUCGCUCCCGACCCAAGAAGAAUUUCAUACGCGAACGCAUCUGUCAUCCCAUCCAACAUUCACGAAGAACGCUCSGAUGAAGUAUCUGAAAAUGGGGAUGAUUCGGAAGAACUCAAUAUUCUUCCUCCUAAAUUUGGAGUGCAAGCUAACGGCACGGCCAAAAACGACGUGAGCGGCGAGGAAGAUGAACAAUCCGCACCGCACGACGAAAGCAUCCCAUGUGCGAACGGUGAAGCCGAACACCACGAAGCCGAUGCGGACGAACAAGAUGAAGCCAGCAAGCAACCAGUCACCGAAGAAAUAGAUGCGGGAGAAAGAGAAAAGGUUGGCGAAAUAACCGGAGAAGAUUCGUUCAUUGAAACGAAAUCAACUUCGAUUGGUGUAUCAAUAUUAGAGCGACUCGUAAUCUUUGUGAUUCUUGGGUUCGUGUCUCUUCUGCUAACCAUGCCGGAAGUCAUAAAGUUGGCCGAGAUUGYGGUACCUCUGGAUGAAUCUUUGCUCCCUGAAGCUAAAUCGCUGCCAGAGAUAAAGAUACCGAAUGAUGAUGAUGCAGUUGAUUCAGAAGUAGAAAUGUCAUCGGARGAGCUACAGUCCUGGAACAAAAAGUUCUUGAACAAUUUUCAGAGAUUGUCGAGAGCGAAGACGGCGUACAGGGUGUCAUACGAAAAUUUCGAUGAACUCUACACAGAAUCUAUAAAGGAGAUCGACCAGCUAGAAGAAGAACUCCAAACUAGACAAGAGCUCGCUGGAAAGAGGUUGGUAAAUUUGAACCGUUUGAAAAAAAAUUUAAGGGAAAAACAAGGAAAGGAUAACUUUGAAGAAAUUCGAGAUUUGGCCCAACAACUUUUGGGGAAAUCUGUCAUUGAAACCUCGUCUAUUCCUCUCUGGAACGUUUCCAAAGAUCUAGACGMAAAUUGUACUUCAGUAAAUGUUCGCGGCGAUCUCGACGAUGAGGACGAGGACGAGGAUGCCGAAGAAAUGGAAACAGAAAGCAAGCCACUUCUGACCGCCAAACUUUUGGAGGACAGCGAAGAAAAUCUCUCAAUGCAAUCGAUGAUUACGGCAGACAAGUUCAUUGGCGGGAMUGUUGCCACAGAUAGGAUCCGCAAUUGGGUCAAGUCGAAAAUAGUAAAGGCUGUCGAAGAGGAUGAGGACAUACAAGGUGUUAUGGAAGAAAUUGAUGAGUUCGCGCUUCAGCUGACUGAAAUAGCAGCGAAAAGAGGUAAAACAGAUGGUGGCAACAGUGGCACUCCCUAUUUGGAUCUCCUGUUGGGUGGAAUUAUCGAAGAUAGCUUGGAAGUUCAUCGAGCCGAUAUUACCGGAAUCUUCGAUCAUGCCACUCUCACGAAUGGAGCCGAAGURAUUUAUGGAGGAAAAAGGGGCACAUCCAAGUCACUGGUCGACAGCUUACCGAUCGUCAAUAGGAUACUCCAAGCAUCAAAUCUUCGCUUUUAUGGAUUCGGUCCCGAGGCCGCACUGACGCCUACCUACCCUCCAAACACACCGGGUCAGUGCUGGGCAYUGCGACAAACUCCUCUGAAAGAAUUGCUGAAGGAGAGAGAACUCUUCGAAAAAUUUGUUGAGGUUCCGGACGACUUCAAACGGGGUAAUUUUGGAACACUUACCAUUCGAUUGGACUCGCCUGUCAUCGUCGAAAGUGUCGUUAUUGAGCAUCCACCUAGACAGUUUUCAAAACAAAUGACCAGUGCGAUUCGGUCCUUUCGGGUAGUAGGAUACGAAGACGAUAUGGCUUCUUCCAAAGCAUGGAAUCUGGGUGCGUUUGAAUACAACAUCAACGAUAAUCUAGARCAAAAUGAGUACCUGCAAGAAUUUGACGUUGCUUCCACGGUCUUUGGGAAAGAGAUACCGCCUCUGCAGUCGAUAAGUCUUGCRAUAGACUCCAACUAUGGCCAUACAUACACUUGCCUUUACCGAUUCCGAGUUCACGGAAGAACAGAGGAAUAGAUUGARACAAAAUAAUAAUAAAUUGGCUUCACG